AUGCCAGACGACGAGUAUUCUACUUACGCAAGGCUUUACAGCCAACUCUCGUUAGAAAAACUUGCUGAGCUUGAUCACAUUGGCCUGCUCCUCAACUCGCCCGAGCCUGCUAUCAUCUGUAAGCAAUGUGGCUAUGCUAUAACGGCAGAUAAGGAUCGCGUAUCUCGACAUCUCGGGGAAAUCCACAAAGUCGACAAAGCAACUCGCAGGGGUUUGAAUAAGCUGAUUCGUUCCUUGAAUCUUCCCGACCCGAAGAGUCUUCGUUUGCGACCUGAUGGUAGCGCACCGCAUCCUCACCUGAAAAGUCUGACGGGUGCAAGCUCUUGCAGGCACUGCGGUCUGCGAUCGACCAGCGAUGUUGUUCUUCAAUCACACCUCAGAGAAACGUACCCUGUGGAGAUAGAGCUUGCUAGAAAAUCAGGGCGACAUUGGUUACGAGACCACAUUAAGACGGGGCUGACCCUCCAGAGUUGGACGGCUCAAGGCGUCCACAAGUCUUGGAUUAUCAAAAUCGAAGGUGCUCAGACAUCUGAAAGGCAGGCGAACGCCAAUAUUCUGCUACAGGAGACGCCAGAUGCUAUCAGAGACUUUGCCCAGCAGCUCUUUGCCGAAGAACGGCAAAGAUUAGAUUUGCGACCUAGGGGGCAAGACCUGCUACAUGGCGCUACACAGGCGAACUUGAUGACCAACUGGAUGCGCCGUACUGGCUGGGAAAAUCUGCUUCAAGACGCCCGUCGCGAUAUUCUCAUCGCCAUGUCAGAUUUACCUGCCCUGACUGGUCGGCCGUUUUGCCUGGGAGUGCACGCGGGGGAGUCGCUUUUUAGCUCAGCCGCAGUUGAACAGCAGUUAGCGUCAAUCAUGGAAGCAACUGAUCGUCUGUUCGAUCGAUGCGGUGAUACCAUACGGUGCACCGAUGUCUGCGUGCGUAGAUGGCUCCGGGGUAGAUUUCCAGACCGUCCAUAUAAGGCUCCUUUCGACCUUGUCUCCAAACAUAGCUCUGAGCGUAUAUAUCGGAAGGAGCUGAAGCGCUGCUUAUGUCUCUGGCUCCGGCUACUGCAGCUGCCGCACGAAACAACUAAGUCUAUCUUGGGUCGAGGUCUGAGAAGAAGUCAACGUAAGGAGUUAAAGCGGCUUGGGAGGAUCCUGCUUGGCGUGUGA